AUGGCCUCGGACAGGAAGAGCAAGACCUCAAAGACGCCGAGCAACCGUCUGCCCGCGCCUGCGCUCUUCGUUGGCCCACCGUCUCACAAUGCUUCAAACACCUCACUGUUGUUACCCAGUAAUGAUAACCGCACACCUACAAAGCCAUCUCUAGUCCGCCAACGCUCCCUCCUUUCGCCAGACUCGAAGCGACCCUUACCCCCUACCACCAGCACCCAAUAUGAUGGCGACCUGCUCAGUGUCACCACCUCCAACACAUCUGCUCCCUUUGUCAGGCGACAUCGGCAACAAAGCCUGGUAGCAGACGCCGAGGCAUCGUCCCGCGCGGAGGCAAUAUGGGCAGAGAUGCAGAACACGCUGGAAGAGGUGGAGCUAAGCGCUAUCAAGGGCCCUGGCAUGACAGUGUUUGGAUCAGAGCAUUCGCGCGCGCUGGACGAGCUACGCAUGGCACAAAUCGAGCUGGCAAAAGCCUGGGCGCGAUCCGAAGGCGAAGAGAACGAAUCAGGCGAAGGCCAGAAGAAAGCACAGGACAUUAGUGCUGCGGAUUUGGGUCCUCAAAAUGGUCGCGCGAGGGGCGUUAGUAAUGCCAGUGGCAGCAAGGGUGACAAGCUCUUCGAUAGAAUCAGCCUGGAGGAAGAGACGGAGAAGGAUAUUGAGCUGAGUAGGAAGAGGAGGGAGGAGAAUGACAGAUACUUUGAGAAGGUCAAUAAGGGCGUGCAGGAGGUCGUGGUCAAGCUAGAGGAGGUGGCCAAGGCAAUGAGGGGUGUUGAGAGCGAGAGUAAAGAGAUCUGGGGACAUGGGGAGAGUGAUGGGGAGACGGAGAGCGUGACUACAGCACAGAACGGGACUUGA